AUGUCAUACUACUUUACGAUUCUCUCCCCAACCGACGUCCCCCUCUUCAACAUCGCCUUCGGCACCUCCAAAUCCGGCGGCGACGGCAUCGCCCGCUUUCGCUUUCCCGAUGCCGCCCAGAACACAUACAUGACGCAGUUCAUCAUCCAUUCGAGUCUGGACAUGCUCGAGGAGGCGCAGUGGAUGGGUGGGAAUAUGUACCUCAAACACAUCGACACAUACCCGCCCGCCUCAGCAUAUAUCUCCGCGUUCCUUACACCCUCCGGUACGAGAUUCCUGUUGCUGCACCAACCACCGCAGCCGAAUUUGCCUGCUUCGGGUGCCGCCGGUGCGGGUGGGAGUAUCGGGUCGAGCACGAUGAGUCUGAGCUCUUCGGGCAUGGGAGGGUCGGGACUCUUUGGGGGGUCGGGGAUGGGCUCGUCAGGACGGACGUCGAGUAGUUCUAUCGCGGCAAAUCCGACGGCGCCGCAGACGGAGGAGGCGGUUCGGCAGUUUAUGACGGAGGUUUAUGAGGGGUAUGUCAAGACGGUGAUGAGUCCGUUCUAUAAGCGGGGGAUGGAGAUUCGGAGUCCGGUCUUUAGGUCGAAGGUUUCGGCUGCUGGGAGGAAAUGGUUAUGA